AUCACAAAUACAUCACGGACAAAGAUAAUCUAUUAGGGAUAGACGGGAUAUAAAUCAGAUCAGAUAUUUUUCCACCCCUGUAGUAAUCGUGUCUAAAUGAGAUGACAACUAUAUAUUUAUCAUUCGUCAAAAGUUUAUUCAUUAAUUAUUAAACUUAUCUGACAAAGUUGGCAGAGCGGUCUUUGUUCGCUAUUUACAGUUUUUAAUUGAAAAACACAUUUACUGUAAACAAGGAUGAAGUGGUUUCUAUAAUUAAAUUUAAAUGAACUACGAUUUGAACGUAAGUACAAGAUACGUUUUUAGAGUGUAUGUCGGAGGUUAAAUAGAGUUUUGCAAUAAAUUUCCAGUGACAUCUGCGAAAAUGCAAUAAAGUGAAACAAAUGUACACUAAAAAGAACUUUAAAAAGUUCAAUUUAAAGUGACAGGAAUAUUUGUACAAAUGACAUUAUAUUAGAUAAAGAAGUCAGCAACGAAAUAAUUUCAUUUUAUACAAAUGUAAAGGAAAGAGAUGCUAAGUUGUUCUUAACAAAUUGUUCUUAACAAAACUUUGAAGAAAAAGAUUGAAAGGAAAAAAAACACACCAGACUUUAAGCGAAAUACAUAAAAUAUUUUUAGAAAUGUUCAGGACAAAUAUAUACUUAGGAUCUAAGAGGAUUAGGCGACGAUGGACACACUAUCAUAAAUGAUAAUUGUAAUUUUGACAGGUUACCAGGACCACUAGACCAUCGGUAAACGAAGGAAAGAGACAUAAUCAGGAAUUUAAUACCACUAGCAAGCUGUCUAAAAGGUAUAUAUUGUACCAUUGGUAAUCUUUACUGGAUUAUUUUUUCAUCGUCAAACUUUCAAAAAUAAUUAUUGUACUAUCGGCAGAGUACUAUGUUGGAUUAGUAUAUCACCGGCAAAAUAUCCAAAACAACAACAACAACAACAAAUCCUUUCAUACCAUCGGCUAACUAGCUAGGACUGUUUACUAUUUUCAAACUUUCUACAAGGAUUAUUAUAUAUAUAUAUAUCAUCGGGAGAUUUCAGGACUACUGUUAAAAUGGUUGUCGCUGUAAGGAUCAGUCCACCUGUAAAAGGCAAGGUGCCCAAGUUGAACAUGCUGGAGUUAGUUUCUGUUGCUAAUAAUAGAUAUAAAAUCUCAAAGUUGCGAAAACGACUUGUUCCAGAAGGAUAUUGUUACGUGUGCAGCCGUAUUGACCCGAGUGGAAUUUUUUCCAAACCGAAUGGUUAUCUAUUCAAGAAAGGCUUCUUACACACAUGUGAACAUUUCCCUAAAGCACCUAACUCAACAUUUGUUCAAGAAGAAAUUCCAAUACACGACGACGACGGCGGAGAUUCGCUUGUCGAUUUUUCAACAGACAAGACCGAAACAAUCAGCGUGACAAUCAGGAGAGGGUCAAGGUCAACAGGCCACACGUCACCACCAAAAGAAGACGACAAGUUUGAACCUAAUCUGGAAAAUUUCGAAAAUGACAAAAUCAAAUACAAACAGUCAGAUUUUUCCGCGGGAAAAUUUCGAUUACCUUCCUUAGCAAACGAAGCAGAUGGCGGUCUAAGUGCCAGAUCAGAACCAAAUAAAUUUACUGGUAGAAAACUUUUUAAAUCACGUAAACCCUCCGGUGCUCAAACCGGGUUUGUUAGAAAAUCAAUGUUUAAAACGGAAUCUGUCCGCACAGAAAGUGUUCCCAGUUCAGAAACAGACCAUAUGAGUAUCAAAGAAACCGGUUCCAACAAAUUAAGUGCACAGUCAAUGUUAAAUGAAGAUGUAUUUUCUAGCAAAUCGGCACGUGAAAAUGGCUUCUAUUCAACGUUUAAUGAUAAACAAUUUGCUACACCAAUGACCUCAGCUCGAAGAUUUCCUGGUGCACAUGGUCUUGUUAUCAACGAAUCAGAUGGUCUGCAAAAUGCAUUUUCUUUAGAACCAUUGAUUAGGGAAGAAAUACUGAUUACGGAAUCACGGGAACCAGCACGACGAUUUAAAGCCAGGUACAAACCUGAGCGGAAGCUACAAGAAAAGCAUGCACCAACAGAACACAGCGCUUCAACUUACCGACCAGAUUCAGCACAUUUACGCUAUCAUCAUAGGAUGACAGAAGAUUCAGUUCCGCAUCCAGGAUUUGAAAUCCCACCAACUCCUGACGGCACAAUUGAAAUUGCUGAACAACAAACAGCAAAAGAAAAUGGUGUUACUUGUAUCAAAGGCGAUACCAGCAAUCACGAUGAUAAUAAGCAAAAAGUCGGUGAUUUGAUUGAAACUAGUUCGGGAACUAAUCAUGUAACUCAUUCAGUUACUUUAUCGGGCGUAUCUUCAGAUAGAAAGAGCUUUUGCCGAUGCGCUACUGACAUGCGGGAAGUAAGUUUCACUCGAAAUAUAUGUAGAACUUGCGGCAAAGACUGCAAGUUUCGUAAUAGUUUGAGUAGGGGUUCUUCUCUUACGUAUUCACAAACAGGGGAUGGCUCCAUUAUCACAAGGAGUGGCCGUUUCCGGUCUACAAGACUUAUAAUGCCCGACGAAGAAAUAGCCAUGUAUGGAAAAAAUGCAAGAACUACGGUAGCUAGAAAUGGCCAUUACACUGACAGGAAAUUCGCAUUUAACGAGGAGGACGACCGAUAUUGGUCAAGUGACGAGGAAUUUUUCGAUUUAGACCAGUCACCGGUGUCUUGGUUACGUAAUGACAAACCUUAUCCGGUACUUAAUCCGGAUAUUCAUAAAGAAGCAUAUAUAGCAGCGCUACAAGCGGCUAGGAUGAAGGGAAAACAAAAUCUUGAAGAUUUUGAAAUUGACGAAAUGAAAAUGCUACGGCGUCCAAAUGUUUUCUCGUAUAUACCUCUUUUACCAUUAAACGACAAGAAUAAAAUGAAAUACAUAGGAAUACGGCCAGAUAAUUCUACUAAGCCAAAGAAAGGACAAUUCAUGAAGCACAUUUUCGGGGAUAUCCAAGUAGACGAUUUCUACCCUAGACUAAGACCUAGAAAAGGUGGUAUGAUUAAAGUCGAUCAAGGAAAUGAUUCAAACUCAGAACAGACGACAUCUAAAAAUAGUAAAGAUCCUGCAAUGCAAAGUGUACCUGAACGAUCGUCUGUUAGUUUAAAACUGAAAAGUCGUAAUAAUUAGAUUUAAAAAGAAAACACGUUGUUGCAACAAAGCAUUAAAAAAAGAAAUCCUUAAUAUAUGAAACAAUAAUAAGGCAGUAAUGGAGAUCGGCAGAAUCAAUACAUGUAUUUAUACAAAUGUGUAGGUAAUUGUGUAACAGUGUUGUCCGAUAUAUAAAUAUUAAAAUCUACAUAUAUAAACAUGUUGAUUUUUUCUAUAAUAUAUGAGUGCAUGACUUAUGAUUAUUAAUCUAUAGGAUUCUGUUGUUGUCUGUGGGCCUUGUACAGUGAAUAUCCAUCAUAGGAUAUCUUUAAAAUUAAAGUCGGAAUUUAGUGAAAAUGAAAAGUUAUAUACCAUUUCGUUUAUUUGUUUGUUGGAUAUUUAAGUCAUACCAACAUUGUCAAGGUCAGUCAUAUCGUGACUUUCAAUCUUUACUGAUGGAGGAAGAUCUCAGCCGCCCCUACUUGCAGGAAUUUUGGCAGAAAUUAAUUUUAAGGAAUAUGAGUGUGGGAGACAUAGAUAAUUUAAGAUUUGUGAAACAUAUUUUUUAAUAUAAAAAAAACAUCUUUGAAUACUGUAUAAAUCUGCCCCCAUGGAACAUUAUUUUUUUUCAACAUUAU